CGCGACAGUCAAUUUUGACCAAAACUGGGAAGCAUUACGCUUUGCGUCGCUGUGAAGAAGUUCUAAUAAAAUAGAAGAAAUCGCUUUGCUCCAUGACAAACAUGUCUUAUGGGCGAUUCUUUGGUAAGACUACUCGAAUUUCUAAAGAAGAUCAAGAAUUUUACGACCUGAAACACAGAGCGGCUGAGUAUUAUAGGGUCAAUGGAGUUCCGCAGAAGUUUGAAGCGGCACUGAACUCCAUGUUUUUCGAAAAACCGGAUGAUGUUUACGGUUAUUUGGCAAACUAUUUUUCAAGACUCUCAACACGGCCAGUGAUAAGCAAGCUAAAAGGAAGCAAAGUGUAUGAUGGAAAGGGUCAGCUAACGGUUCAAACAGAAGUCUUGUGCACCGUCAGAAAUGAAGAAAAGAGAGUUUGCUCUGCAGUUACCUCCAGCGAGUACAACCUCACCAUUAAUGGAAGUGAUAAGAGGGAGGAUUGUGUGACGGCUGCACUCCACUGGAUCGAUGAAGCAUUAAGCACAAUGUUAAGGGGCUUUGAUCCGGCUGACCAAACAGCAGUGGAUAAACUACUCAGUGACUUUUUUAAGGAACGCUUCCUUGAAUAUCAGGAGAGGCAGAGCAGAGAAACUGAGGAAAAGCAAGCUGCGGAUCCUACGCAUGAACCAGUCCCUCCCCCAGUGACUCCAGGACACAGAAAGGCAGGACAUAAAGGGAAAAAGAGUAACACCACAGAGAAGCCCCUCCCACCUGCAGAGCCCCGGGUUCCCAUCAUCCCCGGCAGCAUGGCUGUUGGUUCUGUGUCCCUGGCAAUAGCCAAGGCUGCAGCCCAGUUAAACAGUGUGCCACUCUAUCAGCACAUCAGAUCACUGCAUCCCCAACAGCGGGGUCUGGGAAAUGUCGAGAUGCCAUUGCCUAUGGUAACCCUGCUCCACUGUGGCAAAGCAUCUCCAGGGAAGCUGAACCUGAUGGAGGAACUCAUUGUUAUCCCAACAGCAAAACAAAGUGUCAGACAAAUUGUUGCAAUGGUCCUUGAGCUUCAAAAAGAGAUUACAAAGAUACUGAAUACAGCCUCAAAGACAGGGCCUGUGUUGAAUACAGUGUCAGACAUGGGGGCAAUGGUGGUAGGAUACGACCAGCCUGAGCAGCCUUUAGACCUACUGACAGAGGCAGCCAACAACCUUGGCCUGACACUGGGAGACGACAUACAUUUUGCAAUCAACUGCGCUGCUCAUGAGUUAAUGGACUAUCAAAAAGGUAAAUAUGACAUUGUCAGCGGCAGUGCAAAGACUCCUGAUGAGCUAGUGGACAUGUACAAGAAUCUGACGCGCAGAUACCCUGCACUUAUCGCCCUGAUAGAUCCCUUUCGAAAGAAGGAUCACGAACAAUGGCAGUCACUGUGCAGAGCACUAAGACCCACAUGCCACCUGCUCUGUGACACUACAUUCAGGCCCACAACUGCCCUUUUAACAGAGUGCACACUGUCCACACCAGGGGUCAGAGGUUAUAUCCUGAAGCAGACUAAUCAGACCACCGUCACUGACCUAAUUCAGGUCACUCAGCAGCUAGAAGGUACAGUGACCAUAUUUGGAACAACAAGUGGAGAACCAUGCUGUGACACUUUGUCAGACCUGGCUGUAGGACUGGGUGUUAAUUUUGUCAAACUGGGAGGUCUGAGUCGUGGAGAGAGGCUGACUAAAUACAACCGUCUGAUUUCUAUAGAGGAGGAAUUGUCCCAGCAGGGAAUACUGGGUUCAAGAGAGGUAACUGGUUUUCCCAAUUCACUUGGAACAUGAGAGCAGGACAAUCUACGAAACACUCAACAAAUUUCUCAUUGUUCAUGUAUGAUUAGACAGUUGCCUGAUAAUUCCAGUAAUCUGUCACUUAAAGUAAUUCCAAUAUUUACACCUACGGCAAUUUUAUAUAUGCUUCAUACAAGUACAAAUAAAGUUACUGUUAGAAACACAA